UUAAACUACAUCUAAUUCCCACUAAAAUACACUCACUGUUCAAUAUAUAACUCCAACUAAAAAUAGCAAAUUUUUCAAAGUACCUUAAGCUAAUAGACAUAAACACAAUGAGGACGAAAAGUUAAGAAGGGGUUUUCGCACAACUUCUCACCAACCCAAAUACUUUUAGAUUAACACAUUACAUCAAAAUAUACAAAAACCAAAAAGCCUUCGUUAGAUACUUAGAGAUUACCAACUUAAUUGACAAUUUCGCAUCUCUUUCCAUUCUUCUAACGAAAGUUAUUGCCUUAUAUAGUCUCUUCUCAUUCAUAUUCCUUAUCUUCUUUGUGGGAUGUAAAACCCAUUUAACCCGAUAAGAAAAAGAAGAAACCAAAAACAUAGAAAAUGUCUGGCUUGCUUGGUAAAUUAUCUCCAGCCAAACGUGUAGCUGGCAACAAUGAUCUUCCUCUGUUUUAUGUGAACCAGACGUCCAUGGAGCCUCAAAGAUGUCCACGAGACACGCCUAGAGCCUCUGUCACAUUCGCCGAGCUUCUUAUGAAUGUGGAGGAUGCAAGGAAUGACCAAAGUACAACUCGCCGGGGACUGGAAAUGGUCUCACCUAUCACUUCUUCUGCAUCAUCUUUCGAUACAUGGACCUCGGCUCCCGCUUCUUCAAUAUCAUCUUCCCCGUUUGUUCUUUCUUUCAACGACUUGACCUACAGCGUGAAGAUCCAAAAGAAGUUUAAUCCCCUCGCUUGCUGCGGGAAGUCACGAAAUGGUUCCUCGGUGAACACUAAGAUACUACUGAAUAGUAUUUCAGGUGAAGCCCAUGAAGGGGAGAUGAUGGCAGUUCUUGGAGCUAGUGGGUCUGGUAAAUCAACACUGAUCGAUGCAUUAGCCAACCGGAUCGCUAAAGAUAGCCUCAGAGGCUCUAUCACCUUGAACGGAGAAGUUCUUGAAUCGAGGCUGCAGAAAGUCAUAUCGGCUUACGUGAUGCAAGAUGACCUUCUCUUCCCGAUGCUUACCGUAGAGGAAACUUUAAUGUUCUCUGCAGAGUUCAGGCUCCCGCGUUCUCUCUCCAAGAAGAAAAAAAAGACAAGAGUUCAAGCUCUGAUUGACCAACUGGGCCUGAGAAGUGCUGCAAAAACCGUGAUUGGUGACGAAGGCCACAGAGGCGUGUCUGGAGGAGAAAGGAGACGGGUUUCAAUUGGAAUAGACAUAAUCCAUGACCCGAUUAUCCUCUUUCUCGACGAGCCUACCUCGGGGCUUGACUCUACGAGUGCCUACAUGGUUAUCAAAGUGCUUCAGAGAAUCGCACAGAGUGGCAGCAUAGUUAUUAUGUCAAUCCAUCAGCCUAGUUACAGAAUCAUGGGUUUGCUAGAUCGGUUAAUCUUCCUUUCCAGAGGAAACACGGUCUACAGCGGCUCCCCAGCACAUCUCCCACAGUUCUUCUCAGAAUUCGAGCACCCGAUUCCUGAAAACGAGAACAAAACAGAGUUUGCGCUGGAUCUCAUCCGGGAGCUUGAAAAUUCAGCAGAAGGAACCAAGUCGCUCGUCGAGUUCCACAAGCAAUGGCGAGCAAAGCAAGCACCAAGAAACAACAAUGGUAACAACAGAAACACAAACGUAUCCCUCAAAGAAGCGAUAACCGCAAGUAUCUCCAGAGGGAAACUGGUCUCCGGAGCAACAAACAACUCAUCAAACCUAACAAACUCAUUCCAAACUUUCGCCAACCCUUUCUGGAUCGAAAUGAUCGUCAUAGGCAAACGUGCUAUACUAAACUCAAGAAGACAACCAGAGCUCCUGGGAAUGCGACUAGGAGCAGUAAUGGUCACAGGAAUCAUCCUAGCAACAAUGUUCACUAACCUAGACAAUUCCCCAAAAGGAGUCCAAGAGCGCCUAGGAUUCUUCGCAUUCGCAAUGUCCACAACAUUCUACACAUGUGCAGAAGCAAUCCCAGUGUUUCUACAAGAACGCUACAUAUUCAUGAGAGAAACAGCUUACAACGCUUACCGAAGAUCCUCCUACGUCCUCUCCCAAUCCAUAAUCUCAAUCCCAGCCUUAAUCUUCCUCUCCGCAAGCUUCGCCGCCACAACAUUCUGGGCCGUUGGUCUCGCCGGUGGCUCCAGCGGUUUCCUCUUCUUCUUCCUCACAAUCCUCGCCUCAUUCUGGGCCGGAAGCUCCUUCGUAACAUUCCUCUCCGGCGUAGUCUCCAACGUAAUGCUCGGAUUCACAGUCGUAGUCGCGAUCCUCGCCUACUUCCUCCUCUUCUCCGGAUUCUUCAUCUCCAGAGAUCGGAUCCCACUCUACUGGAUCUGGUUCCAUUACCUCUCCUUAGUGAAAUACCCUUACGAAGGAGUGUUGCAGAACGAAUUCGAAGAUCCGACGAAAUGCUUCGUCAGAGGAGUUCAGAUAUUUGACAACUCGCCGUUGGGGCAAGUACCGGAGGCGAUGAAACUGACUUUGUUGAAGAGUAUGAGCGGUGUUUUAGGGAUCAAUGUGACGGCGGAGACGUGUGUGACGACGGGGAUUGAUAUAUUGAAGCAGCAAGGGAUUACGGAUAUUAGUAAAUGGAAUUGCUUGUGGAUCACUGUUGCUUGGGGUUUCUUCUUUAGGGUUUUGUUUUAUUUUACACUCUUGAUUGGGAGCAAGAACAAACGGAGGUGAUUUUACACAGUUUUUUUUUUUUUUUUGGCCGGGUUGUUUGUGAAAAUUCGGAAAGAAAAGACAAGAGGUAUGUUGUAUCUGUUUUCUUUUUACCAGCUAAAUAUUUGUAUUUCUUCGUAUAAAAUUUGUAAUGAAUAUGAAUAAUAACUUAUUUUAUGUUCUUUCUGUUUA